GAUCAACUCAGAAACACAGACCCCAGAAACACGCUUUUGAAUCUUUUGCUCUGAUCAACACCAUUUUAUUUGAAAUCAAACAAAUCUUUUCUAUAAAGAAUAAUUCCUCAAAUCAAAGUCAUGGGUUUAUUAGGAGUUUCCGAAACAAACUUUGCAAAAAAUAUUAGACCACAAACUACAAUGUUUACUUCUAAUAUUUCAAGACAACCCAGCACGAUCAGAAAGAUUAUCAGUUCAACUCCACUUCAAAAAUUAGUCAAUCGAAAAACUCUCAAAAGACAAACCAGAUCACAAUUCACAACAAACCCACGUCCAACAUCAAUGACAGCACCAUUAUUAUCAACCAACGUGAGAGUAGGAAUGACAGGUUAUACACAACUUGUUAGUUCUAAUGAAAAUCAAGCUAGAAGGUCUGAAAACCUCUUGGAUCAAAGACUUCCUGUUUAUGAAGAAAAUAGACUCGUUGUUGGGGUUGGGAUGGUCUUUAUUCAAGAGUUUAAUGAUACGAUUGGAGAGAUUGAUUUCGAUCAAUGGGCUAGAUUUUGUAUGUGAUUCUUUGACUUCAAGAUAAGAACUUAUCCUAAAUCUUUAAAUCAUAUGAAGUACUUUUAUGAACUCUCUCAAGUUUCAACAUCCUUGCAUCUUCAAAUCCAACGAGUUUUUCCUCCAAUCCUCACCAUGAUUUCUAUAUCCACCAAUUCAAUUAUUCUUCAAACAUUUGCGCGAAAACAAAUUGAUCAUUUCUUUCAUUUUUAUUUUUCCAUUUUUUCAAAGUAAUGUGAAUUGUUGUACAAACACAGACUUUUCACAUGUGUCUAUGAUAUAUACCUAAAUUUCUCACUUUUAUAUCUUUUUAACAGACACUCAUUUCAAUUCAAUCCUUCAAGAACAAUACCUGUAAUUCUAAUCAUAGCGUCAAUCCAUGGACAGUUGUAUUCUUUUUUUGGUUCUGAUCUCUUUUCUCAUUAUACCAGUGGUGAUUAAUGUUUUCAUUGUAUCUUGAUGAUUGUAUCUCGAUGAUAUUUUAUUGCGCCACAUUUCAAUGAAAUUAUCAAGUCUAUUCGCUGCUUCGCAAUCUU